UUGACAUUUCGAAUGUGUUAUUUUCCCACGUCAAAAAUAUUUUAGAUAUCGCCGCACCCAUUGAAAAUCAGUGAUAAAUUUGGAAAUAAUUAUGGGUGACCACCUACCGGCUUGUGUUAUAGAUGUGGGAACAGGGUAUACCAAAUUGGGAUUCGCCGGGAACAAGGAGCCCCAGUUUAUCAUCCCUUCAGCCAUUGCGAUAAAGGAAACUGCUAAAGUUGGUGACCAAAGCACUAGGCGGAUGACUAAGGCCGUGGAAGACUUAGAUUUCUUUAUCGGUGACGAAGCGUUUGAUGCGACAGGGUACGCGGUUAAAUAUCCCGUCCGUCACGGUCUAGUGGAAGACUGGGACUUGAUGGAGAGGUAUAUAGAACAAUGUAUUUUUAAGUAUUUACGUGCCGAGCCCGAAGACCAUCAUUUUCUGAUAACAGAGCCCCCGUUGAAUACACCGGAAAACCGUGAAUAUCUCGCCGAGAUAAUGUUUGAGUCAUUCAAUGUACCAGGACUCUACAUAGCUGUUCAAGCGGUGCUAGCUCUCGCAGCGUCGUGGAAGUCGCGUACAUCGGCCGGCCGUACCUUUACCGGGAUCGUUGUCGAUAGUGGUGAUGGUGUAACUCAUAUAGUACCUGUUGCUGAAGGCUAUGUAAUUGGAUCUUGUAUCAAGCAUAUUCCAAUAGCAGGUAGGAACAUAACAUCAUUUAUUCAGUCGCUUUUACGUGAACGUGAAGUUGGAAUCCCUCCAGAGCAGAGUUUGGAAACUGCGAAAGCCAUCAAAGAGAGAUACAGCUAUAUUUGUCCAGAUAUUGCAAAGGAAUUUGCAAAAUAUGACUCUGAUCCUGCAAAAUGGAUGAAGAAUUACACAGGCAUCAAUGCAAUCACUAAGAACCCAUUCUCAGUUGAUGUUGGAUAUGAAAGAUUCUUAGGGCCUGAGAUUUUCUUCCAUCCAGAGUUCUCUAAUGCAGAUUUCACAGUUCCUUUGAAUGAAAUGGUUGAUGAAGUUAUACAGAGCUGUCCCAUUGAUGUGCGAAGAGGUUUAUAUGGGAAUAUAGUUUUGUCCGGUGGCUCUACAAUGUUCAGAGAUUUUGGUAGGAGGCUUCAACGAGACAUAAAGAGAACUGUUGAUGCAAGAUUAAAACUAUCUACAAUGUUAUCCGAGGGACGUAUUACACCUAAGCCUAUUGAUGUCCAAGUUAUAUCGCACAAUAUGCAACGGUACGCAGUGUGGUUUGGUGGGAGUAUGUUGGGUUCUACACCUGAGUUUUACCAGGUGUGUCACAGUAAGCAAGCAUACAUGGAGUAUGGACCUAGCAUUUGCAGGCACAACCCUGUUUUUGGCACCAUGACUUAAUGAAUUUGACUGUUUAUAAAUGCCAGUAUUGUAUGGGCAGCCCUCAUGUCAACAUGGCAACAUUCUCUAAAUAAUGUACAAUUUUAGUGAAUUGUUAGAUAUAACAUGAAGACUGCCUGUAAUAUUAUUUGAGUUAGUUAAGCAUUAACAAUUAAUAUUAUAUUCAUAGUAAGUUUAAAAUGCUAGACAGGUAUUGUUUAUUACAAUUUUUUAUGGUUUAAAGUGACAGUGCACAUUCUGAAUUAUUAUAUUAAUGUAAAAUAUUUUGUCUAUAAUUUUGUCAUAUUACUAAAUAGAUAAAUCAUAAAUAUUUAUAGCUGGAUAUCAGAAAUUACUAAGCAUUUAAUGUAUUGCAUUCCAGCUUUAU